AUGCACCGCUCAUACUUAAAUUUUAUAUUACAGGCCAUAGCCACUCUACCCGUGGCUCAAGCAGCCCAAAUCCACUGGUCCGGCCCAUGCGGCUUGAAAGAUGAGUCUGCGCCUAUGAUCUGCGGCACCCUAGAAGUUCCUCUCGACUACACCGACCCACAGCCUAACAGGACCCUGACCCUCGAUCUGGCCAAGGUAGCAGCCAAAAAUCCAUCAAAAAAAGGCGAGAUGAAGGAGCCGAUCCUUUUUAAUUUCGGCGGUCCAGGAGAAGACAGCCUCUCGAGUAUGGCGGUAUUAGGGGCUCAAUUGCAAGCGACACUUGGAGGGGACUUUGAUCUGAUCACGUUUAAUACCAGAGGCGUCGGUAAAACCUUACCAUUCCUAUGCUCUGAAAACGAACAAGAAUUCGCCCUCCUUCAAUUUAACCACGGUACGGCGUCGAAAGGAGCACUGAACCACAUGUGGAAUCAGAGUGCUGUGAUGGUGGAAAAAUGUUACCAAAACAACAGACAGACUGGUGAAUUGCUCGGAACAGCGUUUGUUGCAAGGGAUAUAAUGCAGGUUGUUGAUGCACUUGGUCUGGAGAAGUUGAACUACUGGGGCUUCUCCUACGGAACCGUCCUGGGCGCCACUACUGUAUCCAUGUUCCCGAAUCGUAUGGGGAAAGUAGUCUUAGAUGGGGUGCAGAAUGCGCAUGAAUAUCUGCAUGGAUAUGACUCGCAAAUGUCCCUCGACACUGACAAAGUCUUUUACGGCUUCUGUGCGGGCUGUCUCGCCGCACCGAGUCUCUGUCCUCUUGCGAAGAGAUACAAUUUUCCCUCCGAAAUGGAAGCAGACAUCCACAAUUUCCUUGAAACACUCAAAGUUUAUCCCAUAGAGAUCCCUGGCGCUGGUGUAAUUACCUACGAUAUGGUCAAGUCGAUAAUUCUGGGUCAACUGUAUGGUACAAACCUGUGGCCAGAAUUAUCGACCCUUUUGGAUUUUGCCAUACUUAGGAAUGUGACCGGUCUUAUGUCGAUUUUUGGUGAUAAGUUAUCUUCAGACAGAGGUAGUUCUAAUGCUGCCGCUGCCGAAGAAAAUAAAGUGAAAACCCGCAAUCCAACCAUACUUGAAUCCCUCUUGAGCAUCCGCUGCUCCGACAAGAUACCCCGAUCUUCAAACCUUCAGCAGCUCGCUCCGGUCCUCUACGACUCUUGGUCCCUCAGCAAUAUAGGAGGUGACUUCAACGACUUUAUAGAAGUGCCGUGUGCGCAGUGGAAACUAGCAGCCAAGGAGCGAUACACCGGUGACUUUAACGUUAAAACACCCCAUCCUAUACUAUUAAUCGGGAAUACGUUUGACCCCGUUACGCCGUUGGCCUCUGCGUAUAAUGUGAGUUGGGGGCUUGAAGACAGUGUGGUGCUAGAGCAUCAUGGAUACGGGCAUUCGUCUCUCGGUCAGUUCUCUCUCUGCACGGCAAAUACUGUCCGGAGGUAUUUUGAGGAUGGGACCCUGCCUCCUCCUGGGAAGAUCUGUGAGCCUAGUUUGCAGACCUUUACAACAAAAACGUGGGAGAAUGUCAUAUAG